GCCAGACAAACACAACACCAAGACACUCCACUUACUUCCAGCCACUCAAUUUCAAUAUGCGUUUCGUUGUGCCAUUUCUCUGUCUCGGCGCUGCUUUGGCGGUCGCCCAAGACCCGCUGGCCGUCCCGGCCGACUUUGACGUUGAGCAGGGAGAGAUAGAAGUCGUCGAGGGCGAGUGGUUCAACAUCACCCUCGAGGAAUUCGGCGACACCAGCUUCGACAGCUCCCUCGAGAAGAGAGGUGAGAUGAGAGGAACCAUGAAGAUCGGAAAGACGUACAUGGACUACGGCUGCGACGCUUCCAUCAGGAAGACCCUGGACGAAGGCAUCAGAGCCCUCUGCGACGGUAACGGCUGCGACGGCGGGUCCAGCUGGUCCCGGAAGGUCAAGCACACGCAAGGCUCUGUCCCCGCCGAUGCCACCAUCACUGUUCGCGCCGAGGGCAUCUACAAGGACAGCUAUGCGCUGGACAGGUUGAGGGAGGGAGUUCUCGAGUCCGUGCGUCCCGACACCACCAAGGGAUACAACCGUUCUUGGUAUUGGAGACAGCCUGGAGGCUGGGAAGUGUCGGGUACCUGCAAGAUGAGUCGUUUCGCCAAUUAUGUUGGUCUGCAGCGCGUCGAUGGCCCGAGUGCGGCCUGGAUCAAAGUCUACGUCAGUAUCAAGAAACCGACGAGCACCGUUGAACUUGCGCAAUGGGUUUUCACAAACGUCGUCGGUCCUGCGGUUGGCAAGAAGAUUGGGAAUUGGAUUGGAAAAGUCAAGGCGUCGCAUUAGGAGUAUCCUUCUGAUAGCGAUGCUUGGCCCGGUCCUCCUUGAAGAAGGACUGGGUUGCCACAAGCCUGUUGCAAACACCAUACCAAGUUGCGAUCUUACGGUUCGGCCAGGCGGCAAUUUUCUCCUCUUCUCUUUGCUCA